AUGCCGAGCGCUUUGCCUGCGAAUCUGCAUCUGGACAACUUCAACAAGUAUCUCUGGCCGCAUCGCUUCAUGUCCGUGUCCCUCUUUCUGGAUGACUAUGAGGAUGGAGGAACCGUCUUUCCCUUGUUGCUGAACACCUUCGGACAGUCUGUUGGCACCAACCGCGUCGCAUCAGAGCACCACGAGAUCGAAGCGUGGCAGCGCGCCCUCAAUGCGGAGCGCACCCAGCAGGUCACCGAUGACAGAGAAGCAUAC